AUGAAAAAGAGUUUAUUUUUAAUAGCAAUCCUCUUAGUUUCUGCAUUUGCUUAGGACGACCAAUCUUAAGGAUAGAAUGAAGAAAUAGUUGCAAACUAAACAGAGGGAGAUUAAAGCACCUUUGUUGAAAGAUUCAUUGCAAGUUUGACUAUGGACAAUUUGAAUAGAUUAAGUUAAAAGUAUUUUUAUGAAAGUUUAGCUAUUUACGGCAUGCUUUUGUUUAUUAUAUUCUAUUAAACUGGUAAGAAAUAAAACAUCAUUAUGCUUAAUGACUGGUAUGAUGCUUGCAAAAAUGUUUUUGAAUCUAACUUCUCUCAUGUUGGUGUUGGAAAAAGUGGUGAUAAAUCUCUUUUCUACUAAGAAACACCUGCUGCCUUUAAAUUUUACGCUUCUGGCCGUGAAACAAUUCAAUUCUGUUUAGUUAAUUUCGAGUUCAGAAAAAGACAAGAUAUCAUCACUAACUGGUUUUUCAAUUUGAUCUGGCCCGAAAAAGACAGAAUUACCAUUGAUAUGCCUCUUUACGACCAAAAAGAACCUAUUUGUGCUGCAGUAUUGAGAAAGAAAGACCUUAAAACUGCUAGGGAAAAUUACCUUGACUUAAAGGGUUUGGUUCAAAAGAUUGACACUGAUAUUUUGGAUGAUAACCACUUGGUUCUUCUCGCUGGUGAUAAUUAUAUUGCUAACACUUUAUUUGAUGAUUCCACUUUAAAACUUUUGGAAUAAAAUCAAAAAUAUAUCUCCCUUAUUCAUAUCACUGACUGCUAAGUUUUUUCAAGAGCUAAUUCUCACAUGAGAGUAAUUUUGAACUUGCCCACCAACAAGAAGGAAUACCCUAUAUUCGAAUAGCUUAUGGCUGCUAUGAUUAAAAUUGCAGACAAGUUACACUCUGUCAAGUUACCUUCUUAAUCAAGAGCUGAUGCCUAAAAAGAAAGAGAAAUUUAUGAACAAAUUAGAACUAAGGAUCAAAGAGAAAAGUAAUAGGAAGAAUUAAGAAAUGAAAAGGAAAAGAAGCUUAGAGAAGAAAGAGAUAGAAUUAGUAAAUUAGGAAAGGAAGAAUUAUAGAAGUACGAAGAAAAGCAAGCUCAAAAAGAAAAGAAGAAACUUCUUUCAAAGAGAGUCCAAAAGAUUAUGUGA